AUGGCGAUAUUAGACUCCUAUGUGGGUGAGAAAAUUGCAGCUACGAGGCUAACGAAGGUUAAAGUUGUUGUCGAUGCCCUAAAAUCCACCCCAGCCCCAACGAUUGUAAAGCAGCCCCCUAGAAUAAAUGGAGCUUCGGUGUUUAAUAUCGCAAUUGGUGAAUACAUUACCGGAUGUGGUGAACACUACAACGUCUUUGUCAAUGAUACAGCUCUCUCUUUCAUCUUAAGAGGAGAGGGCAAUCUAGGCAAAACGAGGUAUCGUUUCACUCAAUACAGCGAUCCCAACCAGUUUUACCAAGUAGAGGUGCAAAGUGGGGUUUACCAGUUCCAAGCCAAAUUAGUAGGCGGAUUAUACAUUCUUUCUAUUACCACCUCUGGACCCGAUGGCGAAAGUAUCGAAGCACACAAAAUUUUUGAAAUCCAAGACCCAUCAGACCAUGCAAUGGUUUGUCAGAGCUUCGAUCAAAUAAAAAGUGUAUCCUAUGUAUCGCUUUUGGAAUUUUCAACGCCUUCGCUGAAAGAAGUGGGACUUAAAAUUUUAAAUGAGCCUGGUCCAUUUCACUUUGUGAAGUGGAUGAAGCAGGAUGUCUGUUUAUCUCCGGAAAUCAUACCACAUCCAGACAUUCCUUCCAUUGUCACGGCGAAUGUGGAUUCAUUCAUUGUUAAGGUGAUAUCCUUAGAAGAUGGGAAGAGCUUUGAACUUCUAGCGGCAAAUAGAAGAGUUUGUCUUCCAAAAACAGAAUUGAACACUAAUUAUUUGUAUACUGUGAUUAUAUACGGAAGCAAUAAGCGAUAUAUUCACCGUGAUAGACACACCAUCUUAGUUGCCAAUGAGCCAACUAUGAAUGUGGUCAUCAAGAUUGUAAGACCACUGUCGUGGGUUAGCAGAUCGGUAAUUUCUUCACCUGAAGAAACUGUUCUAACUGGUACCUGCAAUUAUGUUAUCUGUCCACGAAACAAAGUGUUGCAAUGGGAACUCACCAUGUCAUAUCCUAACUUCACUUACUGGAAGUUGAGUAACAAGGAAAUGCAAAAGUAUACUGACGGUCGAACAAGAAGUACUUUGGUUAUCUCUCCACAACUGCUACUUCAGAUGCCAAGGAAAACUCAUUUAAUAGCCUGUCUGAUAAUUCAAGAGAAGGUUUCAAUGAUAACCAAAAUAUGCAAACAGUACACGGUUAACAUGCCUGAAAAAUGCGAUUCGUGUUACUUAAAUGCUUCAAAUAUGAUAGAUGAUUUUCAAACGGUGUGUGUCAACUGUAACUGUACUUCCUCUCAGGGUGAUACCUUUGAAUUUUAUACAAUGACGAAUUCGGGAACGCAAUCAAUAGCAUUUGGAGAUAGUCCAUCGUUCUGCAGUUAUCUUCCUGCCUCGGAUGAUGCUGUUACCCCUUGCAUUCGAAGUCUUCCAGGAUCGAUGGUCAUUGUCCGCAAAUGCUUUCAUCAAAUUAAAUUCAUUCCCAAGACAAUGGAUGAUAUUGAAAGGCAACUUGAUGCUCUCCUAUCUGACAAGAAUAGUUUACUCGAGGAGGCGAUAAUUUCAAAGAACUCCAAUUUGUUAUCGGCGGCUGUGCAGGUAGUUUCAGCUCAAGCAAACAAGUUUAUGGACUUCGAUCACAAUCAGCUAGGACAAAGCGAUGUUGACGCCAAACGUAACAAAGUUGGAGCUGUGAGUUUCUCGGUCCUGUAA